AUGGAGAAGAGAACUCACGGGGCGGAGAAGACAUAUCCAUGUCCCGAAUGUGGGAGAUGUUUUCUCCAAAAAUAUCUUCUGCAUCGUCACCAGACCAGCCACGUCGGAGAUAGAGAAGCUUCCUCCUCCGAACCUGGGAAAUGCUUUCAACAGAAAACAGCGGCUCUGCGACGCAAAAGACUUCACGCAAGGGCCAAACCGUUCUUGUGUCCCGAGUGCGGCAAGUGUUUUUCUCAGAGGGGCCACCUCAGUUCCCACGAGACGACUCACACGGGAGAGAAGCCCUAUUGCUGCUCGGAAUGCGGAAAGUGUUUUUCUCAGAGAUCGUCUCUGCUGACGCAUGAAAAACUUCACACCGGGGUGAAGCCGCAUUCGUGCUCCGAAUGCGGGAAGUCUUUUAUCCGGAGGUCGGUCCUCAAUUUGCACAAAAGGGUUCACACCGGGGAGAAGCCGUAUCCGUGUUCGGAAUGCGGGAGGCGGUUUUCGCAGAGGACACAUCUUAUAGUCCACGAAAGGACCCACACCGGGGAGAAGCCAUAUUCCUGCUCCGGAUGCGGCCAGUGUUUCUCCCGGAAAACCUAUCUGGACAAACAUCACCAAUCCCCCGGCAAAUGCUUUAAUGGCCAGUCGAGUUUUCUUGGUCAGGAGCGCUCCUGCACCACCAAGGAGGUGUUCUCUUGUGAUGGAUUUGGGGAAUCUUUUCAGUGUGAAAGAUCUUAG